AUGUAUGCAGAUUCGUAAAAGUAAAGACUUGGGACCUCUAGAAAUUCAGGUAUGACACCCAUAGGUAGCAGUAGAUUAACUGGUGGAUACAAUAGCAUCAGUGACGAGGGCAACAGGGAACUUUACCACUAACUGAUGCAUAAUAUCUUGGAAAGUGUCAAUAUUAGUGAUGAUGAAGCUUUUGAGAGAGUAUUUUUUGAUUGGAACAAGGAAAAUUACAUAAGAGAUUUAAUUGCUGAUGCAAAUAAUAAUGAAUUCACCAUCAAGGAUUUCACUUCUUAGUAUGCUAGCAAACUACUACAGUACAACUCAGCAUUCCUAGAUUUGAAAGAUAUGAAGGACAGAUUUUAAUAAACAGUCUCUAUUCUUGACACCUAGAAGUUUGUUAGAGGAAAGAAGUUCCAUUAUAUUGAUCCAUCUGUAGAGGAGAAUGUCUUAGUCUGCUCUAUAAGUCAAGUUCAAAACCUAGAGGGUGAGCCUAUGGUUAAGCUCUAUCUUUACAUUGAUGACAGCUUUGCAUUCAAGACUAGAGUUUACCCAAAGAGCUCAAAUCCAUUUAUAAAUCUCGACAUUGACAUCGAGGAAGCUCAGAAUGCUGACUUUGAUGACAGCAGAACAAUGAGAUCUGAAAUGGACGAUGACGAUGAUAAAGUUCUCUACCCUAAAUUGGGCAAGACUGAGAUUACCAUAGAUAAAGAAUUUCCAACAUACAGGAAUAUCUAUCUUCAGGAUCCAGAUGCUAACUACUCUGAGGAUGAUGAGCAAUUCAAUUAACUAAUCUCUACUUCGAACAAGGCCCAGCCCCUAUAUGAGGUCAAGAAUAUGAUGCAGACUAAGGGUAGAGUUCACCUGGUUUUCACAGCAGAGCUCUCAGAGGAAUUCGCCUAGAGGACUGAAGAACUUAAGAAAUUCUAUGUUACUGAUACGCUUAAAAAGAUAGACUAACUCAGUACUGCUUUAACUAACAAGAAGAAUGUUGUAUCUCAAGCAAUUGAGUGUCUUUAUCACAUUUAAUUUGAACCAGAAAGAGGAUUGAUAUUAGAUCAACUUAAUUCGGUAAUGGAUGACGGUUCAAGCUAGAUGACUGAUUUGAGUCAUAUGGCACUUGAUAAGGUCUACAAAGGAACCAGUACAACUGCAAGUCAAUCGCAGAGAACAAAGGAUGAUAACAAGAGAUUGAAAUAGAGAAACUAGAGAGAGAUAGACAAAUUUGAGAAGGAGAACUCAGCAGCUCAUAAUCCAAAUGCCAGCAACAGAUUGUGUGGAUGUGAUGCUAAUUGCCUUAUUUUCUGA